AAAAUAAUGCUAUAGUUGAACGUGAUCACCAGGAAUUUGAAAAGCCUGCUUAUAUUCAGCAAGAUGCUAAAGAUUUUCUACUACCUUUAUCAAAAUGUUUUAGAGAUUGGGUUAGGAAUCUUUAUGCUAAUAAUGAUAUAUUUAAUAAUACCCCUAUUCAGCUAAUAGAUAUGUCUUCUAAUGAAGCGGUAGAAAAAGCACUAAAUGGGAGAAGAUAUUUGCUAAGUUAG